AUGCCUGCAUGCGAGCCAUGGUGUCCUCUGGUGAAGAGUCAAUUAAAAAAAAUAGAACCGACGAAGCUUCCAGCCAGCGAAGUUCCAUGGCUUUUGAAGAAAGAUUUUCCUUCGAAGGAAACCGAUUUAAUCGAUCUAGCCGAUAAACUUCGCGAUCCAAGAUUAGACAUUAUCGAUGAAAAAUUUAUAAGGACAAAGGAGGUUGAACGGGAUGACGAUUUGGAAAAGGAACCAGAAUUUAAUGCAGCAUUUGAUGCAGAUUUGGAGAAGAAGCCAGCACCUGAUGUGAAUUAUUAUCGUCUUCCUAUAGAAACAGAUAGAAGGCUCGAGGACUCAGUAAAUGAAGUGACAGAUAGAGAGGAUCCCUCAAAAUAUAGAAAAAUUAAAAGAGAAUCUGCAACGCAAUGGACCGUUGAAGGAGAAGAUAAGGUGGUCGAAACCGAUAUCAUGGAUGAACCUACUAUAAGGGAAGAAGAUUUGGUGGUCAAACUUCCGGAACGUGAAAGAUUAGAGCAUAAAAAGCUAGAACGUGAAAAAUUAGAACGUGAAAGAUUAGAAGAUGAAAAAUUAGAACAGGAAAAAAUAGAUGGAGAACCAUCGAAGCACGAUGAUAUCGAUGAGAGAGAACUUGCGAUAUUCAAAGAUGAAUGCGAUCCGUCUUGUCCUCGACGUAUAUCGCAAAGCAAGUAUAUUUUGUUAUUUGUUGUUAUUGUCGACAUGAAAGAUGAUUUGUUAAACAUUAAUGAUUUCUACAGAAAGUAGAAUACGUAAACUCGAAGAAAGGCAAAGAGUCGUAGAUCAUUAUUUAUUAACUAAGGGUUCGGGUUACUUUGAAGACGUCUGCACUUGUUCUCUUUCCUGCAUCAUUCAUGCUUUAAAAAA